UAGGCGACUCUGAACCAGCGCGAUGGCGACUCCCGUCAACGGAGCCCCCGUGGAUGCCAACUUGUGGUCCUCGCAUGAGAAGAUGCUGGCGCAGCCCCUGAAAGACAGCGACGUGGAGGUUUACAGCAUCAUUAAGAAGGAGAGUAACCGGCAGAGGGCCGGACUGGAGCUGAUUGCCUCAGAGAACUUUGCCAGCCGGGCUGUUCUGGAGGCCCUGGGUUCUUGCUUAACCAACAAGUACUCGGAGGGGUACCCGGGCCAAAGGUACUACGGCGGAACGGAAUUCAUCGAUGAGCUGGAGGUCCUCUGUCAGAAGCGAGCGCUGCAGGUCUAUGGCCUGGACCCCCAGGGCUGGGGAGUCAAUGUCCAACCCUACUCAGGCUCCCCCGCAAACUUCGCGGUAUACACAGCCCUGGUGGAGCCGCAUGGCCGCAUCAUGGGCCUGGACCUGCCCGACGGGGGCCACCUGACCCACGGGUUCCUGACCAACAAGAAGAAGAUCUCCGCUACGUCCAUCUUUUUCGAAUCUCUGCCCUACAAGGUGAACCCCGACACCGGCUGCAUCAACUACGACCAGCUGGAGGAGAAUGCCCGCCUCUUCCACCCGAAGCUCAUCAUCGCGGGGACCAGCUGCUACUCCCGGAACCUGGACUACGCCCGGCUGCGUGAGAUCGCUGACGACAACGGGGCGUAUCUCAUGGCCGACAUGGCACACAUCAGCGGGCUAGUGGCAGCCGGUGUGGUGCCCUCCCCCUUCGAGCACUGCCACGUGGUGACCACCACCACCCACAAGACCCUGCGGGGCUGCCGCGCCGGCAUGAUCUUCUAUAGGAAGGGAGUGCGCAGCGUGGACCCGAAGACGGGCAGAGAGACUCGCUACAACCUGGAGUCACUCAUCAACUCUGCCGUGUUCCCAGGCCUGCAGGGGGGGCCGCACAACCACGCCAUUGCUGGGGUGGCGGUGGCUCUGAAGCAGGCCAUGACUCCGGAGUUCAGAGUCUACCAGCGCCAGGUGCUGGCCAACUGCAGGGCUCUGGCCGAGGCCUUGAUGGGGCUGGGCUACAAAGUGGUCACAGGUGGUUCUGACAACCACUUGAUCCUCGUGGACCUCCGCUCCAAAGGCACAGACGGCGGCCGGGCUGAGAAGGUGCUGGAAGCCUGUUCCAUCGCCUGCAACAAGAACACCUGCCCAGGUGACAAAAGCGCCCUGCGGCCCAGCGGACUGCGCCUGGGGACCCCGGCGCUGACGUCCCGAGGACUCUUGGAAGAGGAUUUCCAAAAAGUUGCCCGUUUUAUUCACAGAGGGAUAGAGCUGACCCUGCAGAUCCAGGACACCGUGGGGGUGAAGGCCACCCUGAAGGAGUUCACGGAGAAGCUGGCGGAGGCCGAGGAUCACCAGCGGGCUGUGGCGGCACUCAGGGCGGAGGUGGAGAGCUUCGCCGCCCUCUUCCCUCUGCCCGGCCUGCCCGACUUCUAGA